AUGACUACACACACCUGGCAAAUGUUGGGUAUCUACAUGGUCUUAGCUGCAAACCUCUCCAAACAGCAAGCACUGAAGCAGGCUUGUCCUUCAUGCUAUGCCAGUCAGCUUUGCAACUGCUCCUCCAUGGGCUUGGACUUCAUUCUCCCUGAGCUCACGGCCAAAAUCACAGUGUUAAACCUGGCCCAUAACAGGAUAAGGCGCAUCCAAUCCCAGGACUUGCAGCAGGCUGUGAACCUGAGAGCCCUGCUGCUGCAGUCCAACAAAAUCAGCUCCAUAGACGAGGACUCAUUUAAGUCCCUGGCAAAACUGGAACUCUUGGACUUAUCAAAUAACAGCUUGGCUCAGUUGUCCCCUCUGUGGUUUGAGCACCUUUUUUCACUCCAGCACCUCUAUCUUCAAGGCAAUUCCUACAGAGACCUGGGGAAGAGCUCCCCCUUUUCUAGCCUGAGGAACCUGAGCUCUCUCCACCUGGGCAACCCAUGGUUCUCUGUGAUAAGGCAAGGGAACUUUGAGGGCAUUGAGCUUCUGCACAAAUUGUGGAUUGAUGGUAGCAAUCUCAGUCAGUACGAGCAGGGAAGUUUGAAAUCAAUUAAGGAGAUAAAUCACAUGAUCAUAAACAUAAGAGAUAUUAAUGUAUUCUCAGAAAUUGUUAGGGACCUUCUGCACUCUGUCACUUGGCUGGAAGUGAGAAGAAUAGCAUUCAGUAUUGCUGCAGAAAUGCAAGUAUUGAGAGUCAUGUCUUCAUCUUUUGCAAAGAAAAUUUCUUUGAGACAGACCUUACUAACAGAUGCUACCGUGCCUGAGAUUGCCAGCAUUUUAGAAGACAUGCCAAAAUUAGUGGAGCUAGAGCUGGUAGACUGUAGACUAUUGGGAACUGGACAAUGGAAAAUGCAAAUUCAAGCAAAGCAAUCAAAGACACUCAGAGUUUUCACAAUAAAGAAAUUAUCUAUAGAAGAAUUUUACUUGUUUACAGAUCUUCAGGCUGUGGAAGGUCUACUAUCUCUUUUUAUGAGAGUGACAGUUCAAAACACCAAGGUUUUUUUGGUACCAUGCAGAAUUUCCCAAAACCUUCGGUUAUUAGAAUAUCUUGACCUUAGUGCAAAUUUGCUUGGAGACCUGAGUUUAGAACAUUCAGCCUGUCAGGGUGGUUGGCCGUCACUACAAACUCUAAAUUUAAGUCAGAAUUCACUGAGUGACUUAGAAAUGACAAGUAGAAGUUUGUCUCAUCUAGGAAACCUAAUUGUUUUAGACAUUAGCCAAAACAAUUUUGGUGAGAUUCCCAGUGUGUGUGAAUGGCCAGAAAGUCUGAAAUACUUAAACCUGUCCAGCACUCAGAUUCCUAAAGUAACCACCUGCAUUCCUCCAACACUGGAAGUUUUGGAUGUUAGUGCAAACAACCUGAAGGAGUUUGGACUGCAGCUCCCAUUUCUGAAAGAGCUGUACCUCGCAAGAAACCAGCUGAAGACCCUGCCAGGUGCCUCACCCAUUCCAAACUUAGUGGCCUUGUCUGUCCGAAGAAACAAGCUGAACAGUUUCUCCAAGGAGGCAUUUGAGUCCUUCAGGAGAUUGGAGCUUCUGGAUGCCAGUGACAACAACUUCAUCUGCUCCUGUGAGUUCCUCUCCUUCAUCCAUCAUGAGGCUGGGAUAGCCCAGGUGCUGGCGGGGUGGCCAGACAAGUACGUGUGUGACUCUCCACUGGCGGUGAGAGGGGCACAGGUUGGCACUGUGCACCUCUCCAUGAUGGAGUGCCACAGAUCCCUGGUGGUGUCAUUGAUCUGUGUCCUGGUGUUCCUGGUCAUCCUGCUGCUGGUGGCCAUUGGCUACAAGUAUCACAUGGUCUGGUACCUGCGGAUGACGUGGGCAUGGCUGCAAGCCAAGCGGAAGCCCAGGCGAGCUCCGCCAAAGGACGUCUGCUACGAUGCUUUUGUCUCCUACAGCGAGAACGACUCUGACUGGGUGGAGAACACUAUGGUGCGGGAGCUGGAGCAGGCCUGCCCUCCCUUCCGGCUCUGCCUGCACAAGCGGGACUUUGUGCCUGGGAAGUGGAUUGUGGACAACAUCAUCGAUUCCAUUGAGAAGAGCCACAAAACGCUCUUUGUGCUGUCCAAGCACUUUGUGCAGAGCGAGUGGUGCAAAUACGAACUGGACUUCUCGCAUUUCCGCCUCUUUGAUGAGAACAAUGAUGCAGCAAUUCUCAUCCUCCUGGAGCCCAUCCAGAGCAAUGUGAUUCCCAAGAGGUUCUGCAAGCUGCGGAAGAUCAUGAACACAAAGACCUACCUGGAGUGGCCUGCUGGUGAAGAGCAGCAGCAGAUGUUUUGGUUUAAUUUGAAAAUAGCUCUAAGGUCCUAG